AGGGCGCCGGGAGGGGGUAGUGAGGUGGGUGAGAGAGAGAGACCAAUGUCAGUUUGAGGAGUGAGGGAGGAGAUAAUUGGAGGGCUUCGACUCCCUGGGUGUCACUCAGUCUUUAAUAUUUAAAGAAUAAGCCUGUACUGUGCCACUUGGUGCAAUAUCAGGGAUUUGCAGGGUAUUAACAUCUGUUUACUCAUCUUGGUGUUAACGUUGCCUGUUGAUGCCCCCUUCCCCUUUCACCUGCCCCCUUCUCCUUUCACCUGCCUCCUAUUCCAAGUUUGGAAAAAAGGGAACGUGCUUAAAACAGUUCAUAAUCACAUUCAAGCACUGAUGCUGGCUCCUUUACAAAAGUCAAAGGUCACAUUUAAAAUCACAUUGACCUCGGAUCCAAAGUUACCCUACAAAGUAUUGAGUGUACCUGAAGCCACACCUUUCACAGCUGUUUUGAAGUUUGCAGCAGAAGAAUUUAAAGUACCUGCAGCAAGCAGUGCUAUCAUAACAAAUGAUGGAAUUGGCAUCAACCCUGCACAAACUGCAGUCAUUCAUAAUCAUGAUGAAAAGUUGAAGGCCCAGAACACAUCCCUUGGGAUCACUACUGACCACAUCUUUUCAAUCUUGAGUGAGGACGUAAUCCUGAGAUUACUGACAGUGGUUUCUAAUUGGCUAUGUUACAUUGGAGACCCUAUAUUAUUUAACAAGAGACAUCAAUUUUCCAGCAACCAACUCAGAAGAUUCCACAACAAGAUUUCAUGUUUUAGGAUAUCUGGUAUAGUAAACACACUAAAGUCAACAUCAACUAAACAUUACUAAGUGGGCAGCUAAUAUGCUAAGCUGUAAAAAGGGUAUUUCCCAGUAACUUAUUAACACAACUGAAAACCCCACACCACAUUAUACCUUACCUUCUGCAGAACUGUUGCCUUAGGAUUCAAACCCAAAGCUCUUUCUGGCUCCAGCAAAAUCACUCCAUACAUCAUCAGGGUGAGUCUUUUAUCAUAUUAAACAAAUCCCUCUUCAGCCAACUCUUCCAACAGAAUCAAAUGAACUUCUUGUUCUAACGUCCUUGAGUGAUUCUCUAGUCUUUAAUACCUCUCACCAUACCUCCCGAUGCAAAAAACACAGGUCGUAUGCUUUGGAUAGAAGCGUCUCUAACCACGGUCUCUGUUCACAAGAAGCAAGUGCAGUUGCUUUCUCCU